GUGACCACCCACAGCUAUGGCCGGGGUAGGGGCUGCUUUCCGCCGCCUAGGUGCCUUGUCCGGAGCUGGGGCCUUGGGUUUGGCCUCCUACGGGGCACACGGCGCUCAGUUUCCGGAUGCCUACGGGAAGGAGCUCUUUGACAAGGCCAACAAACACCACUUUUUGCACAGCCUGGCCCUGUUAGGGGUACCCUCUUGCAGAAAACCUGUCUGGGCAGGAUUACUGUUAGCUUCUGGAACUACCUUAUUCUGCACCAGCUUCUACUACCAGGCUCUGAGUGGAGACACCAGCAUCCAGACUCUGGGGCCUGUGGGAGGGAGCCUGCUAAUCUUGGGCUGGCUUGCCUUGGCUUUUUGAAGUCUCUUGUUUAAGCGCCCAGUCCUGGCCUUUCUGGGUAAUUGGGCGCAGAGGGAAGGAGCCAAUGUUGAAGCAGAAAAGAAAUUAAAAGAAAAAGGCAUAUAAAGAACUUUGGUGUCUUUAUUCAUCUAACAUUGAGCAAGGGAGGGCAGAGAGUCUACCUUUGAAUUUGCAUUUCUAACUACAAAGAUCCUCUGGUUCUGGAAUUCCAAUCUUUACAAGGUGUUGUAAUUGUGUGUAGGGCUCAUAAAGAGCGCUUGAACUAAUGGAGCCUCUUACCUAAAGAGCACAUGAGGGGCUGGAGAGAUGGCUCAGUGGUUAAGAGCGCCGACUGCUGAUCCUGAGUUCAAAUCCCAGCAACUACAUGGUGGCUCACAACCAUCCGUUAUGAGAUCUGACGCUCUCUUCUGGUGCAUCUGAAGUCAGCUACAGUGUACUUAGCUUUUAUAAUAAUAAACAAAUCUUUUUUUAAAAAACA